AUGCUAGGCGAGACGGACGACCUACAAGCUGAUGAGGGAGACGUGGAUGUGUUGGACUUUGACGUUUUUUCGUUUACGUCCAGUUCAGCUGCCCGUACGGAAUCGGCGAGUUCGCUCGUUCCGGGUCGGGUCUCAAUUCUACUCUCUUUCGUUGCGGCUCAGGCAAUGCGAGACGAUUUCGCAGCUGCGUACGAAGCGUACUGUCAAACUCUUAUCCGAUUCCAUGAUUAUACAGUCAAGGACUACCUAUCCCACAUCGCCGACGACGCAUUUCGCGAGAAAUUGCUCUCAUGGGUUCGACGACUGGACAUUGCGCGUAAAAUCCAUCAGACCACCCCCUUGACCAUUCAAUUGCAACAACUUGUUUCCACAGGUGGCUUCCAAACCAUACAAAGCAUUUACAAUCGCGUUAGAGAUGGGUUAUUUGGGGCAAAUCCAUUUAUCGCGGGAGACGCAUCUCAGCUUGGGGGAACUCGUCUCAUCGCUAUGUCCGACCGCAUAUGGACAGCCUUCCUCACUAGUUUUCUGCAAAGCAGAGGUGGCCACCUGAGCGCUGAUGAGGUGUGGGGAGACGUCUCGCGAUGUGGGAUAAAACACCCCGUUUCACUGUGGACUGGUCUCAUAGAUUCCUACACAGAGUCCCGACAUAUGGACAAUGCACUGAAUGUGUGGAGGAUGAUGGAGGCUAAAGGCGUAAAGCCAGACGCACUCACCUACCGGGCCGUCAUAUCGGCUGCGUUGGAAGGUCGUCAGAUUGAUGAAGCAAUUCGGCUGUUCAGACAAUUUCAGUCAGAUCUCGAGGCAACGACGGAGCCGGAGAGGUCGUUAGUUGUCUACAACACAUAUAUCCACGGGCUUCUCGCCGCGGAUCGUCUCGACGAGGCGCUUUCUAUUCUGGAGCGCAUGGAAGAAAACAAGAAGGACAAACGGGUUGGUCCGGUACCUGACAUCGUCUCAUACAACACAUUCCUGGCAUAUUUCGGUCGUCGAGUGGACUUGAAGGCACUCUCCAUCAUCAUCAACCGGAUGUCGACCGUCGGCCUUAGCGCGGAUGUCUUCAGUUAUUCCAUUCUUCUGUCGGCGCUGCUCAAGAUAGGCAAAGCAGAUGCGACGAACAUUGUUUUCAAUCUCAUGCACAAGCAAGGGUUAGAGCCUAAUAUUGUUAUCUAUGGGACGAUCAUAGUCGAGUUGCUGAGGGAGCACAAUGAACAGCAUGUACGGGCUGUUUUGAAGAUAUUGGAAGAAAUGGAGUCGGGGAAGAUACCAUUUCCGCCUACAGUCAAGAUCUACCAGGCAAUCUUGGUUGAACUGUGGAGAGAUCCGUGGCUUCCUCCGAAGACCGGUAUCGCGAUCACGCGCGAUGUUAUUGAACGGAUGAAGAAGAGGAAGGUGCUGCUGAACAUCCCUCUGUACCACGUCUUGAUUCGCGUUGCGCUGAUGGACGAGUAUCCGAACGGGGUGACGAUGGCGAUGUCGCUAUACCAGGAGAUGGUUCGGCGAAAUGUGCCAGUGACGUCGAAGGUGGUUCUGCUACUUUUACAAGAACUGUUUGCCAAGGGAGAGUAUGUACAUGCGGCGAAGAUAAUGCGGGAUAUGGAGACAUUUGGGAUGAAGCCUAUCCCUUCGACGGCACGGUUGAUGAAUAAGAUACGGAGUUCAUUGAGGGAAAAACAGUAUUUACCUUCUCAGAUAGGUAGCCCAAUGUGA